UCAUCCUCUCUCUCUCUCUCUCUCUCUCUUCAACUGUUGCAGUUCGAGAAGACUUUUAAGCUUAUUCCCCAACUCCCCUCCCCUGCCAUUGAGUUCUCAACCCUUGUCUUCUGUCCCCGUUCCAAAUACCCAAUCCCUCUCUCUCGCUCGAAACCCUAACCUCUGCAAUUUCCGAUCGGUUUUAUCGAUGGGCCGCGGCUCGGCAGCCUCGCUUGCCCCGGGUUUCCGAUUUCACCCCACCGACGAAGAACUCGUCAGCUACUACCUCACGCGCAAGGUAUCCGGCAAGUCCUUUCGCUUCGACGCCAUCUCCGAGAUCGACAUCUACAAAUCCGAACCUUGGGAUCUCCCAGAUAAGUCAAAGCUGAAGAGCAGGGACUUGGAGUGGUACUUUUUCAGUGCGCUGGACAGGAAGUACGGCAAUGGGUCGAGGACUAACCGAGCUACUGAGAGGGGGUACUGGAAGACCACCGGCAAGGACCGGCCAAUCAGCCACGGUGCCGGCACCGUCGGAAUGAAGAAGACUCUUGUUUAUCAUGUAGGACGCGCCCCGCGAGGUGAGCGGACAAACUGGGUCAUGCAUGAGUACAGACUUCUUGAUGAAGAACUACAGAGAACCGGAGUGCCUCAGGGUGCAUUUGUGGUGUGUAGGAUAUUUCAAAAGAGUGGUUCCGGGCCAAAGAAUGGGGAGCAAUACGGGGCACCAUUUGUUGAGGAAGAGUGGGAUGAUGAUAAAGAGAUUUUUAUUCCGGGUGAAGACACUCUAGACGAAGUGACGCUUCCUGAUGGUGCAUAUGUUGAAGCAAAUGACCUUGACCAGAACCUUAAUGGUGGCACUCUACCUGAAAGUGCCCCCUUGCCGUUGAACUUCUGUUGUGGUGAUACUAGCACUCGUGCUGAGGAUUGUAGGGACUUAUCCCAGAAUGAUGAGAAGCCUUUCUUAGGCAUGGGUGAAGGUGGGUCAGAUCUGCCUCAUGACCAGAAGCAUUUUGAUCUGCCUGCGCAGUAUGAUAUGGAUGCCAAGUCACCCAAAGAUGAAUACUUUGUUGAACAAACCAAUGGUGUUAAUGCUGAGGAUGCCAAUUACUUAUUUGAUGAACUAUAUCUGGAUGUUAAUGGUAAUCCGCAAGAGAUGGAUGCAAAGUCGGUUGGCAAUGAAUAUUUUGUUGAACACGGCAAUGGCAUUAAUCUUGCGGAUGUCAAUUACUUGCUUGAUGAGCCAUACUUUGAUGCUACUGGCAAUCCAGGACAGAUGGGUCCAACAUCAGUCACAGAUGAGUAUUUUGAGCAAAGCAGUAACAUGAAUCCUGUGAAUGCUAAUCAUUUGCUUGAUGAACCAUACUUUGAUGCUACUGACAAUCCACUUAGUGAUGGAUUUUUUCUCGAGACCAAUGAUCUUUCAGAGCAUGUUACAGAAGUUAAUUCAGCUGCUGACAUGCUGGAUGAGUAUCUGGCGUACUUUGAUGAGGAGGAUGGCAAUAGACAAUUAUUGUCUUCUGAUUCUGCUAAUAUGACGAGAAUUGAAAACUCAGUGAAUGACCAAGCAUCCCUCGCCCAGAAGCAUGUGCAGGGACAAACUGGGCAAGUAUCUACAGAAAGCCAACAGCCUAGAGGACACAAUAAUGGGGCAUCCUCCUCAAAGCAAACUAGAGAAGCUGAAGAAUUUGACCCAGAUGUUCAUUACCCAUUCAUCACAAAAGCCAGACGUGUGUUGGGCAGCAUCCCUGCUCCUCCUGCUUAUGCUUCUGAGUUCCCCACAAAAGACGCAAUCCUUCAGCUGAAUUCUGAUGCACAAUCUUCCAGUUCAAUUCAUGUUACUGCUAGGAUGAUCCAAAUUCAGAAUAUGACCAUGAGUGGCAACAGGAUGGAUUGGUCAUUUCCUAAGAAUGGGAACAUCAAUCUAACUAUCUACUUUGGCCUUCAAAGUGAAGUCAACUCUGCCAUUUUGGAACCAAUGUCAAACUUCCUAUCAAGCAAGAUCAUGUCAACAAUGUCAAGGAGCUGGUUCUACCUUAUAUUCUUUUGGGGCCUCAUUCUAUCUUUGAGUUACAAAGCUGGUACUUGCUUCUGUACCCAUUGAGACUUCAUACAAGCGAAUGCUGGCGAUGACACAAAUCAUCCUGUUGUAAUUCCAAGGAUAGAGCAUGGUGGGUAAUAACCUCUUAUAUAGUGUGAUACUGAAGUGUCUUUUGUUUCUGUUAUAGUUUCUGAAUGAAUAGUUAAUGUUUCUAUAUGUAUAUCACUUCGUUCAUGUACCAACUGCAAACUGCUUUCCGUCGGUUAGAAGUAAGGUGGUGUUGCAAUGAUUUCCAUGAGGUUCAUGGAUAAUCCAUAUGCAUCGUGGAAGCACGUUGUGGAAGCCAACCAACUUGCACACCGUUUGAGAUUUGAUUCCUGAACAGUACAAUGUAGAAAUUUGUGUGGGAAAUAUUAUUUGAAUUUUGUGAGCCUUUAAA